CUUCGGUUGUCUGCAACCAGGACACCUGGCCAGGUCCUGUCAGUGCCGCUUGACCUGUGGCAUCUGUGGGCGCCGGCAUGCAACUCUGUUGCACAGGAGUCCUGAUCCGCAGAACUUAUCCAGUCCUGAGGUCUCGCCAACUGCACCAAAAAUUGUCAGUGCUGGUGUUGGAGUGAGUGAUGCCAGAGGCGGCUACACCAUGAUGCCUGUGGUGCCGGUGAGGCUGAUUGAUAAAGCUGGGAAGGAGGUGUUCACGAGCGCCUUCCUAGAUCAGGGCAGUUCGGGGUGUUUUGUAACUUCACGUCUGGCGAGUCAGUUGAGUUUAGAGAAGGACGAGGUGACCAUCACCAUCGACACGGUGACGAGCGAGGGCCGGGAGGUUAAGUCGGCGGUGGUGGACGGAGCUAAAGUUGGUCCCACUUCCUCUGACGAGACGUUUCCUCUGCCACCGUUAUUCACUCUCGACCAGAUCCCUGUCUCGAGGCAGGAUGGGUGUCACUCGGAGGAUUUGGAGAGAUGGCCACAUCUGGUCGGUAUACCGAUGCGUGACUUGGAGGCUCCGGUAGAGCUAAUGAUUGGCUCAAAUGCCGCACAACUUUUGGUGGCUCAGGAGGUACGGCAUCCUGAGGAAGGGAGCGGACCUUGCGGGGUGAAAACCUGUCUUGGUUGGUACGUGAUCGGUCCUCGGUGCCCAGGAGUUGAAGGUGAGUGUGACUCGCGAGCAGUGGUGCAUUUUCUCCGUGUGACAGAACCCCGAGCGAGUAAACAGAGUGACCUCACUGACAUGUUUCAUAGCAUGUACGAGGCAGAGUUUAAGGACACUUCGGAUGACUCCGAGGCGCUAUCGGUAAAUGACCAGGAGUGGUUGGUGGAGGUCAAGGCCACCAUUCGUAAAGAUGAUGAGGGGCACUACGAGGUGGCACUGCCCAGGAACCAGUUGGGAGACAUUCCUGACAGCCUUCCCACAGCGAGGAGACGGUUCGAGUCCCUGCGUGGGAAGUUCAAGAGAGAUCCAAAGUACUUUGAGAGCUAUCGAGAGAUCAUUCGUUCGUUGGAUCGGGACGGCUACGCCAUCAGAGUGCCGGAUGACGAGGUAUGCAGCCAGCCAGUCUGGUAUCUUCCGCACCACGGGGUGCAGGAGACUGAGAAGGGUAAGCUACGAGUCGUUUUCGAUUGCGCUGCUCAGUCAAAUGGUGUCAGUUUGAACGACAUGUUGAAGAGGGGACCCAACUUGACUAACUCCUUAGUGGGGGUUCUCUGCAGGUUUCGGGAGGGACCGGUUGCCUUCACGUGUGACGUAGAGGCCAUGUACCAUAGGGUGCAUGUCCCAGAAUCGGACUCUGAUAUGCUGAGGUUUCUCUGGUUUUGUGAUGAUGAUCUGGAUGGAGAGGUCGAGGUCUGGAAAAUGCGGUCCCACGUGUUUGGGGCCGUAUCCAGCAGCAGUGUGGCAUCUCUCGCUCUCAGACAGUGCGCAGCAGAGGGAGCUGAGCAGUUUCCCGAGGCAGCAGAGGUAUUGGUUCGCAACAGUUACGUUGAUGAUGUUGCAGUGGCGGUGACAUCUGUUGACGAUGCCGUUGGACUGGCUCAUGAUCUGAAGGCCUUGUGUGGUCGCGGUGCCUUCAACAUGAGGAAGUUCACUAGCAACAGUGCAGCAUUCCUGAAGGAGAUCUCUGAAGAAGACAGGGGUAAGAACCUCAAGGACCUCGAUCUGGACAAGGAUAGGUUGAUGACGGAGCGAACUCUAGGACUUAAGUGGGAAGUGAACGGUGAUUCAUUCUGCUUUGACUUCACUAAGGGGGACAGGCCGGUCUCACGUCGGGGAAUCCUGUCCACGGUGAGUUCGAUUUUCGAUCCGUUGGGGAUUAUCGCACCAGUGACUUUGGUUGGUAAGGCGCUGUUGCAGAGAUUGUGCUCUUUAUCUUGCAGCUGGGAUGACAUGAUACCCGAUGAGCUCGCUGACGAGUGGGCGCAGUGGCUGUCCGAGGCCAGGCAGCUGGAUUCGGUUCGUUUAGACAGGGACAUCUCCGGGACCCCUGGCGUAGUUCUGAGGACGGAGCUGCAUAUCUUCGCGGAUGCAAGUGAGGUGGCUCACGCGGCGGUGGCCUAUGUCAGAAGAGAGGUAGAGACGGUGAGUAGUGGCAGGGAGAUUUCUGUUGGGUUCGUAUUUGGUAAGGCACGAGUGAACCCGAUCCGGUGUGUUCAGACAGUUCCUCGGCUGGAGCUCACCGCGGCGACACUCGCCGUAAGGAUCAAGCAGUUGUUGGUCCGGGAGAUGGCCAUGGAGCUGGACAGCGUCAGACUGUGGACAGAUAGUUUGAUAGUUCUUAGCUGGAUUAGAAAUAGGACCUCUAGACUUAGGACCUUUGUAGCCAAUCGGUUGUCACAGAUACGUUCAGCCACGGAGGUCGCGGACUGGGCAUAUGUGCCGUCGAAGUCGAACCCGGCGGAUGUUGGGUCUCGGGGCGCCCGACCUGGUACUUUGCGGCCAUGGCUGAAGGGACCAGUUUUCCUCUCACAAGACAAGGACAGCUGGCCGGAGGAGCCGUCAGUCGCCGUGGAGUUGCCCGAGGAUGAGGUAAAGGUCUCUGCUUGUGUUGGUCAGGUUGGGCUGUCUGAUCGGACAGAUAGUCCUACUGACUCUCUCGUCAGACAUUAUUCUUCGUUCUAUCGGCUGAAGAAAGCCGUUGCUUGGUUUCGCAGGUUUUGUGAUGUCAUCAAGUCUGGCGAGUAUCGCAGGUAUGUUCUCGCCAAGAGACGGGGCCUGAGGGCCAGAGCAGUGGCGCCUGAGCGCAGUCUUACUGUGGCCGAUCUGGAGAGUGCAGAGGUGGCCAUAGUUCGUCAUGUUCAGAGAGGUGCGGUUGAUUUCCCGAGUCUCGACGUGGAGGGUCCUGUGAAGGUGAGGCGUGAUCAUCCGCUGUCGCAGCUGCGCCCGUGCGUUAAGGGUGGUCUGUUGGUAGUCGGAGGCCGUAUAGGUGAAUCACUUUCGGUUUCAGAGAGGGUAAAGCAUCCUGUCAUACUGCUUCGUAAACACCAUGUGUCUCGUUUGCUUAUUCGCGAUGCCCAUUGCUCUGUGGGGCAUCAGGGAAGAGAUCACACGUUUUGGAAGCUGCGGGAACGGUAUUGGGUCAUAGGGGCGAGCGCAGAGAUCAGGCAGAUGUUGCGUUCAUGCGUCGUGUGUCGGCGAGUGAACUCACGCCCGCAGCAGCAGUUGAUGGCCGACUUACCGUCAGAGCGUGUGACUCCGGAGACUCCUGCCUUUUCUUAUGUAGGAUUAGAUGUAUUUGGGCCGAUAGCGGUAAAGUCUGGACGGGGGGAGAGACUUCGGUAUGGUCUGAUGUGUACCUGUAUGGUUACCAGGGGAGUACAUGUCGAGUUGCUCGAUUCAUUACGGUCGGACUCCAUGAUAAACGCCAUCCGUAGAAUCGCUGCGCGGCGAGGGCCAGUGAGGUAUGUUGUGUCCGAUAUGGGUACUAACCUAGUCGGUGCAGAGCGAGAGCUUAGGGAGGCGCUGCAGGGUCUUGACAGGGAGCAUUUGCAGCGUGCAGCACUCGCCGAGGGGAUAGAUUGGAAAUUUAACCCGCCGACUGGAUCUCAUUUCGGUGGCUUCACAGAGAGGCAGAUACGUACCUUUCGUAAGGUCUGGAACAGUAUGCCGGUGCAGGGAAGAGUGGAUGAAGAGACGCUCCGUACUCUCUUCUGCGAGGUAGAGGCUAUUUUGAAUAAUCGUCCUCUGACGUAUAUUUCGACGAGUUCGGGUAAUCUUGAGCCGCUGACUCCCGCCCACCUCCUUCUCCUCCGCGCUGGUGGGCAUCUGAUGGCCGGGGAUUAUUCCGAUGCAGAUUCCUUCUCCCGCCGCAGGUGGCGUCAGGUACAAUAUUUAGCGGGACAGUUUUGGAUAAGGUUCAGGGAUGAAUUUCUGCCCACGUUGCAAAAGAGGCAGAAAUGGACGAGCGCCUCGCGGAACGUGACGGAUGGGGAUGUAGUUUUGCUGGUAGACCCUGAUGUUCCACGAGGUCAGUGGAAGAUGGGCAGAGUCGUCAGGACGAUUCCAGGUAAGGACGGGCUAGUUAGGAAGGCGGUGGUGAAAACCGGCACCUCGUCUUAUCUGAGACCUGUGCAUAAGUUAGUUUUGAUACAGAGUACGGACUUGGAGUGGUAAGUAUCGGGGGUGGUGCGCAGGUGUGCCGCCGGUUGUACGGUGAGCGCAUUGUCUGUAGGUAGUAAAUAUGAAGUCAGUUUCCGUUCUCCCUUUGGGGGUUACCAUUUUCUCCCGAGUUGGAAGCUGUAGAGUUGUUUCCCCAUGUUUUUUUUUUUUGCUCACUAAGCUGCGAAUGGAGGAGUUGUGUGCGUAGUCAAGGAGCGCUAUGAUAGGUUUCAGCAGGGCUGAAGGGGGGAGUGUAAGCGCUGUUUAGAUGGGCUAAGGUCCGAUCACAGCGACCUCUUGGCUGAGGGUUGAUCGGUGUAGCUAGGUGUUGAGCAGUGUGUGUUAUAGGUGGCAGCACAUUACGGAUGUUGGCGCUACCUGCCAGUAUUUGUUGUUUCUCGUAAGAGUUUCUGCGACAAUAAAUUUAGUUUGUACCGCGAAAUGGUGAUAUAUAAAUCUUAGCGUCUAAGAUGGUUGCGAAUUGCGUUUUGUGCAUUUGUUUAUUGGUCAUAUCGAUAAAUAUUAUUUGGAGCUGCGAGAAUAGAGAUGUUAUCGGAGAAUUGUCUGUUCAGAUUUAUGUAUAUGCCCUUGGAAAUAUGUUAUUAUAUUUGGUAAAUUUAUGUCUGUGAAUUUUUAGGACACGGUUAAUUUCUUGACGCUCUGGCUGCUCUCGGACGAGGUGUGAAAAUCGGAGGUGUUGUCGUCACCCACCUCUUUUCGGUCUUCAUUCGUUCUUGGUUCGGUUUGGCGCGCGCGUGAUGUCGUUGGGAUGUAAGUACAAUGAAGUUUCGGUAUAUUCCGCUCGGAUAUCAUUCAUGUAACGUUAUCUGGAGUCAUGUUUCAUGAUUGAACUGAGUUUUUUGGGCCUUUCAACCAUUAUAUGACUUUGUAUCUGUAUUUCUGUUAUGUCCUCGUGCGCGGAUAUCGAAACUGGUGCGCCACGUGUGUCACAUGAACGGGUUUGUUGGUACAGGCGGCGUUAUGGCUUGAGGCUUGCAGCGAAGCAUCUUGGCUUGGACUUGGUUUUGGUUUGGUCGUCGUCUUCAGGCUACGGACGCCAAUUUGAUGAAACUUGUGGCAAUACACCACUAGUGAGCAUCUGGCGUGUGGAGGCUUAGCGUUUGGACGAGACGGCGACUACACUACCUAAAAAUGUU